AUGAGUGCUGUAUUUACUUGUAAUGCCUGCUUGAUCCAGUUCCGCUCUAGCGACCAACAGAGAUACCAUAUGAAGACGGAUUGGCAUAGAUAUAAUCUGAAGCGGAAGGUAGCACAACUCGAACCUAUUCCAGCCGAUCUAUUUGCCGAAAAGCUACAAUUAUCAGAGAAAGAGAACAGGCUGAAUCAAGUUGACGAGUUCGGGUUUCCAAUUUUGAAGACUCGGGAACAGCAUUAUCAGCAAAAGAAGAAUGGCUCUAGCAAUAAAUCUGAAUCUAAGCUCAAGAAGAAGAGAGGCCGUCAAUUCCAGAAUGUUGUGGAUGCCGGCGAUGAUAACAGGCGUUCUGUAUCGCCAGCCGGGUCUGUAGCAUCGGAAAUAUCCAAAAUGUCUAUUCACAGCUCGGAUUUCGACGAUGAAAGGUCAUUAGAUAACGGCUUCACCACCGAUUCGGAUGAGGAAUACACUAGCGGUUACGAAACCCAUACGGAAACAGAGGAAAAUGGAGAAGUACAGGAAAAUGAAACUAUUCAUUUUACUCAAACAGAGUGUCUUUUCUGUAAUUCGAAAAGCAAGGACGUGGAGCGCAACAUCAGUCAUAUGUUCAGGUCUCACGGCCUUUAUAUACCAGAAAGAUCGUUUUUGGUGGACCUAACAGGUCUUAUCGAUUAUUUAAUCGAUCUGAUAGUAUAUUCCCAUGAGUGUCUGUGUUGUUCCUUCCAAGGCAGCAGCUUAGAGAGCAUUCGAGCACAUAUCUCGUCAAAAGGUCACGCAAAGUUACCGUACGAGACAAAAGAGGAGCGUUUGAGGUUUUCUAAAUUUUACGACUUUUCACUUGCUGAACAGCAUUCCGAUGGCGAUUCUAACGUCUCGAACGCUGAAGAUUCUGGGUCUUCUCGCAACGCCAACGAGCGCGAUAACGAAGAAAAUCAGGACAUAAAUUCCAAUUACAUUCAAGCAGAAGUUGACCAAACUGGCGUAGAACUCACCUUGCCUACAGGAGUGAGAGCCGGUCAUCGCUCCAUGAGAAGAUUUUAUAGACAAAACCUUCCUGCACCACCUGACGCUACCGAUGGUAACAGAACUUUGGCAGUCGGUGAUAGAAGAUAUCUGGGCGGUGUUACCGAUAAGACCAUCAAGAAGAACGACAAGAGAGCCCAGCAACAGGAACGACAAAGCAUAAAUCGUCAAAUUAGGACGGAAACCAGACGCAGCAACUUCCAAACUCACUACAGAGACGAGCUGCUACAAUGA